UGGUAAACAAGUAAUAUUUACAGAAAUAAAUACCCGUAUCUCCACGCCUCUAAAAUCGGCGUUUUUUGUUAAAAAGACAAUUCGGAAGUCUGAGAUAUUGUGUACUAACAGUAUCCAUCUUACCCCACAGUAUCAUAUAUAGCUUUGGUGUUCACAGUUAACCCAAAAAUGUUUUGUGGCGUAUGCGGGGAUUCCCAAGAUGACGUUGCGUUUACUGUUUGUACGAGCUGCGCAAAAGUGAUGUGCGCAGGUUGCCUUGUGGACCACGAUCACGUGUUCACCGGGCAAGGGAAGUCUCAUCAUGGUUAUCACGAAACUGCACAGUUAAACCACCUUUUAAAGUUCUUUAUGGACGCAAACGUGAAAAGAAGUGUAAAGUGUUCAAAUAAGCAUGAUAAAAGAGCCGAUUAUUUCUGUGAGGUGUGCCAAGAGUUUACGUGCCACACGUGUCUGGCGUUGGACCACCAACACCAUGCCACGGAAAAACUUCGCGCAUUCGAACCCCAAAUACAAAGAGCGCUUUCCGGCUGCUCUGAGAUGCUCACCAAAAAGCGAAAAUCCACGCUAAGAUGCGCGAAAUCAUUACGUCAGAACUCGAACGAGGUUGAUGACGUCAUAGAAAAUACGGAACGAACCAUUCACAGGGCAGCAAAGGAAAUUUUAUUCCAAUUUUCGGCAACACUUCGCAAACGAGAAGAAAUGCUGAAGCGAAAACUGACAACAGAGCUACGAAAGCGAAGCAACAUUAUGCGAGGGCAGGUGAAAUGCGCCGAGUUGUUUGCCAACAUAUUUAAUGAGGCGCAAGAGGUCGUGGAAGAGCUACAAUCGUCAAAGUCAAUACCGCUUGAGAAAGAUCUGUUUGCUAACCUUGGAGUUUUAAAUAAGUUUGAUGUCAACUACUUCAUAAAUAAACGCAGCAGCCAAACGUCACCGAUGGAUCUUCCAGAAAUGGUGAAAAUACCAGAUGUGGAAAUGGAGGCUUUGUGCUCAAAGUUACUGUCUACUAAACCAAUGCCAUUACCAAGGAACAGUUCAAACGGUCAACUGCCGGCGCAAAGACUUAGUAACUCCAGGCAUGCUGUACCAUAUACAGGUGAUGGGGAAGAUAGCGUGGGCGAAACAGAUGUUGAACUCGGCGAGUUUCAAGUCACUGGAAAUCCUUCAAAGUUGACCGUUCGAAGCAGCGACAGUGAUUCUAGCGGUAGGGACCAACGGUAUCGUGAGUUGAACGCUGAUAUUCCUCACCGAGUGCAUUACCCUUCCAAAAUACACAACAAAGGCGAAAAUGGUGGACAUAGACGUUCAAGAACCGAUUUAAUAAAUAUUUUAAACGAUAGAACUAUAACGGACCAGAGAGCGUUAAAUAAUCGCAGGCACUCGAUGUUUGGAAACGGAAAAGCUAUUGAGUCGCAUUCUCACACUAAUUUGAGUGGAAUGGUUACACAUCAAAAAGCAGGGAAUUCUGUGGUUGAAUUAAAAUCGAAAAGCACAAGUCGAAUUGACACCGAUGAUGUUUCAAGGCACAGGCAUCGCGGGGAAGAUUUUGAAGAUACAGAUAACGGAAUUUAUUUCAAAGCACCCCCAGUGUAUGAGAAAAGAACAAAACACGACAAAACAAAAGUUUCGCUGCACAACCAACCUCCUACCCGCGGUCGAUCAUCUCGGUAUGACGUCAUGAACGGUGACGUCACAAUACGUUCGGGACAUGUUAUAAACAAUACUGGUUUAAAACCGGUUAGUCGUUCAAGAAAUUCGGACACGUCAUACUACACGGAAAAAGAACGAAAGAAAGAGAAAUUGAGAUACUUCUUUUCAGCAAAAGAACAAAUGUUAAAUAAUCCCAAUUUAAAAUCGACGCCUUUGUAGUUCCCCUUAUAAUGAGUUGUCUAUGUUUAGAUAUAUUUGUUGUUUUUAUGCUUAUCUAAAGCUUGCAUUUAACAUUUUGUUAAAAAAUAGUCGACUUUUCCAU